ACGCCGCCACUCUCUCCGUCUCGCCGUGCCGUGCCGUGCCGUGCCUAUGGAGACGGCCGCCUCGCUCUCGCGCGCCCCGCUCGCCGGCGCCGGCGCCGGCGCUGCACGCGUAGCGGUAGCGCCCGCGGCGGUGCCGGCUCUCGCAUCCCGGGGAUCCCUCUGCCGCCGCCGCCGCCGGUCGCUGACCGUCUCCGCGGCGGAAGGGGCUUCCCCUCCGGUCUCCCCGUCGCCCACCCCGGAUGCUAGCUCCCCCGGCGUGUGGGACGCCCUCGGCGGCGUGUCCGUGCUCGCCGCGGGCACCGGUGACGCCGUCCCGCUCACGGAGCUCUGGGACCCAACCGAGGGUGUGGCGGUGGUCGCGCUGCUCCGGCAUUUCGGGUGCUUCUGCUGCUGGGAACUGGCCUCUGUUCUGAAGGACUCCAUGGCGAAAUUCGAGGAGGGCGGUGCCAAGCUGAUCGCCAUCGGCGUUGGCACUCCUGACAAAGCUCGCAUUCUUGCCGAUCGGCUGCCGUUUCCUAUUGAUAACCUGUAUGCCGAUCCCGAUCGCAAGGCUUACGACGUGUUGGGGAUGUACCAUGGUGUAGGUCGGACAUUAUUCAGCCCAGCUAGUGCAAAGAUAUACUCGAGGCUUGACUACAUCAAGAAGGCAACCAAGAACUACACGCUGGAAGGCACACCGGCAAAUCUGACGGGUGUCUUGCAGCAGGGUGGAAUGCUUGUGUUCAGAGGGAAACAGCUGCUGUACUCAUGGAAAGACGAAGGCACCGGCGAUCAUGCUCCUCUGGAUGAUGUCCUCAACGUUUGCUGCAAAGCUCCGGCUGCUUGACCACUUGAGGUUUUUUUAGCAGCCAGACGUGUAUGUAAUGCUCAGCAUGUCAAUCAGAGGGCAUCUAGUUUUAACAGUUCUGGAAUUGUUGGACUGCUCAUGUACCUGAACUUAGUUCCAUAGUGCCUCACAUCGGAUAUUUGAACAUUAAUUAAGAGUAUUAAAUAUACAGAUA